AUGGCGCUGGAGUUGUUGCCGCUGGCGCCUAGCGCCACUGGCGCGGGCGCCACCGGCGUCUGGUCGACGUGCGGCAGGGCGCUGCACCUGGCCGCCACCAACGGCAGGACGAACGUCUGCCGCUACCUUGUCCAGGACCUCGGCAUCCCCGUCGACACCCUCUCCGACGAGCGCGAGACGCCGCUGCUCUUGGCGGCCACCUUCGGCCACACCGCUACGGCGGCCUGGCUCCUGGAGCGCGGCGCCAGCGCGCGUGCCCCGGACGUCGACGGCGAGACCCCGCUCCAAUGGGCCGCCUACAACGGGGAUCGCGACCUGGUGAUGUUGCUCCUGUACAAAGGCGCUGAUGUGGGUGCGGCGAACCCCCGGGGCACGGCGCUCCACGUCGCCGCCAUGCGGGGGUGCCCGGAAGUCGUCCGCGUCCUGCUGCGCCACGGCGCCGAUCCAAACAAAGUCGCCAGCCGUGUCUUCACGCCCUUGGUCCCAUCGCUUCUUGGUGGCUCCCUCCAAUGCAUGAAGCUGCUCAUUGAGGCUGGGGCUAAUGUUCACGCUGGUGCAUUCAGUGGAGCGACCCCUCUCUUGUUAGCGUGCAGCCACCGUGGCAACGUCGGAUUCGUCAAGUGCUUGUUGAAGGCCGGAGCAGAUCCAAACCUUCCUGACGAACUUGGUAGGUUGCCCAUAGAAAUUGUUGCGGUCCAAGCUGAGAAAAAACUCGUUUGAAUUUUGUUUGAAUUGUUUCUCGUGACUCGAUGCCCACCAAACAUGCUUGGCUGGAGUGUUGCUGGCAUCAUGAGUUAUGUGAAAUCUGCUGCUUACAAGGAGCGGGUGAGAAAGGACUCUUGUAAGAGGAAAGAUGAACUAAAACUAGAAGGGAACAAGGCCUACACAGUCAAAGACUAUGACACGGCUAUACUUAUGUACAAUUUGGUAACUUCUUAUUUUAGAGCUGAUUUUGUAUGCGUAUAUUCACUUGCAAAUGUUAUCUCUUUCACUCUUUUCUUGUAUACUUCUCAUAAUGGCAGCAAAGCCAUUAAGAAAUUGUCAAGGAGAUGCUUUUCGCUUCCUGGAGGUGAUCAUCGUACUGCUAUUUAUUUUUCUCGGAAUCAGAUUAUGCUCUUGACAGAUACAUUAUGAGUAUGUAAUCUUCUCUCAUAAUUAAAGUGCCACACAAAUUUACUUUGAAGAGGACUUGCUUGCGUA